AUGGCAACCAUCUCAGCUACCACCACAACCGCAUCGAUCUCCCGUGCAUGUCUUGCACAGAAGCGACCACUUGCAGUCUCACCCUCUCCUGUUCUUGGAUUGCCAACAAUAGCUAAGGUUGGAAGAGUGAGGUGUUCAAUGGAAGGAAAGCCUUCAUCUGUGAAUGAAAGCAGCUCAAAGAUGGGAAUGACAGCAUCUUUGUUAUCAGCUGCAUGUGCUGCAGCCAUGUCAAGCCCAGCAGCCAUGGCAUUAGUGGAUGAUAGAAUGAGUACUGAAGGAACUGGUCUUCCAUUUGGACUCAGCAACAAUCUUCUUGGUUGGAUUCUUUUUGGUGUGUUUGGUCUUAUUUGGGCUCUCUAUUUUAUUUAUGCCUCGGGUCUUGAUGAGGAUGAAGAGUCUGGUUUGUCCCUUUAA